UAUGUUCUGUUCAAACUUGUAUCAUCGUUCACAUGUUUGAGUCCUAUGUUUUGUAAAUUCUCUUGGUUUUCUGAUUUUGUUAGUUGCUGUUGUAGACUGGAUUGGUUAUACAGUUCAUAAGCUGGACUUGAUUGGGACAUAGUGAUCUGUGGAUUGUUUAGCUCUUGUGUCUUUACUUUCCUGUGUUCUAAGUUCUGUUUCUUAUUAUAUUAGUUACUAGUUCUGAUUAUAUAAUGUUUGCCUUACAUAUUUGUUUCAUUGUAUGAUUAGUUACCAAGGUACAAUGGGAGAUACACAAGAUGUGAAAGCUAAAGGUCAAUAUAAACAAUGGUCUGAGCCUGAACACAAGUUGUUAUUGCGGCUGCUAGUGGACGCAGUUAAUCAAGGUUUUCGUGAUGCUAAUGGCAAAUUCAACAAACUGACGGUGGAAAGAAGAAUAUUACCAUCUCUAAAUAAACAGCUUGGAACAAAUAAAAGUUACAACGAGUACAAAAAUAGGCUCAAGAACUUGAAAGGUAAGUACAAUAGCUUGAAAGAUUUACUUCGUUUUAGUUCAGGAUUUGGGUGGGAUCCUGAAACGAAGAAGUUCACAGCUACAGAUGAAGUAUGGAAUGGCUUUUUGGAGGCUCAUCCACUUAAAAAAAAUUUACGUGAUGAUACAUUUGAAGAUUUUGAGGACUUCAGAAUUAUAUUUGAAUCUAUUACAGCAAGUGGACAGAAUGCUGUGGGUUUAGGCGAUCCAAUUGAUGGAGGUCCUAAUCAAAUUGGAGACACUGAUGCGAUAAAUGAAUCAAGUCGUGUCCAGAUGGUGAAUGAUCUAGAGGGCAUACCAUACGAUGAAAGAUCAGUCCAUGAAGUUUUCUCUUCACUAGAGAAUAGUAGGUUAGAAAAGCUUCCUCCACGUAAGAAAGCUAGAACUGAUGCAUGUAAUUCAAACAAAGCUUCUGAUGAAGUGGAUACGGUAGAAGAAUUUGGUCAUCAGAUUUUUGGCAUGAUACAGAGAAGAUGGGAAAAGGAAAUUGAAGAAAAGGAAGCUGAUGACAAAGCUAAUAAUGUGUGGGAUGCUAUCAAAGAAAUUCCUGAUUUGACUGACGAUAUGCGUUAUGAAGCUAUGACAUUGGUUCACAGUUUAGGUAUGAAAUUAGGGUUCGUGCAUAUGUCCAUAGAAGAGCGUAGGGGAUGGAUUAUACGAAGCCUUCGUAAACCAAGUGAAUGAAGUUUGAUGCAUCAAUAUGGAGUGAGGAUGGUUUUAGUUUGCAUUUUUAUUAUUACUGAACUUUUUUUUUA